AGGUAAGUUAUUUUAUUUAAUACAUCUUUGAGUGGUUGUUAAGUGUAAUUAACCAAACCCAUCCGGUCAAUUAUAAAAAGUUAUAAUUAGUGUUGCAGAUAUGUAUCUGUGUGACUCCAGUGAUUUCUGAGUCUGCCUGCCUCUCAGUAAACAAAAACCAACCAUCUUCAGCAGCAUCCCUGUUGUUCCCAGAGAGUCCGGGGUGUUGUCCUGUAAUUCCACCCAAUAUCCAAACUGGUCAUGAGACCUCAUGUUAACACGUAUCUUUUAUCUAAACACUAUUUGGAUCGCAAAGUGUAGAUCCUGAUCUCGUUAAUUCCCCGCGCAAUCUCCAAUUACGCACAAAUAUUGCCAUUUACGCACAGCUCUAACGCCCCUCCUCAGAAGAUCCAAAAAUGACAUCACGUUUUGCAAUUCACACGUUCAGUCCAACAAGCCAGUACGCCUCCGCGGAGCUUCUCUACUCCUUGCAAUUUCCAGAUGUAGACACAGAAACUCAAAUAAGUACUAGUUCAAUGUAGGAAUCAAGAGCACGGAUUACAUUUUCUGCGUGGAAGUUGGGCUUCAGAUUUCUGUCAUGAAAGGGAAACUUCUGAAGUUUUUCUGCCUCAUGCCAGAACACUAACUGAUCCCUUGUUUGUUCUAGUACUGUGGUUAUUAUUUAUCUAUAUUUCUAAGUUUGGACACAUGGACUGAUCAGAAGUUUUCACAUCUUGGAAUAAUGAGUGACUGCUCCUGGAUUCAUCUUUAUUUGGGGAUUUAACAGUUGUUUUAGAAAAGACUUUAUACGGUACACACAAAAGCUAUGGGAUUUUCUUUGCAAAUUCACCUUUUUACAGCUUUUGUGUCCUGUAUUAAGGUUUAUGCUCAAGUGGUACAACCUGUGAAGCAUCCAGGCCUGCAGGUGUUGGCCACGGCCUCACAUUAUUGGCCUCUUGAUGCUGUGGACGGAAUCCAUGAACUAUGGGACCAGAUUGGAAACAGACCAGGUUAUGUAAACGGAAGUAACAUAACUCUCAGAAUCCACAACCACACUGUGCUCCCUUCCUCCCAUAACUCUUCCUAUGUGUAUACCAAUGACUCUGCCUACACUAACAUUUCUGCAACAGUAGAUAUUGUUGAAGGAAUGGUCAACAGGGGCAUCUUUCUGAAUGGAGAUAACGGCGGUACCUUUCUCCACUUUGGAAACUACCAGAACUCUUGCAUUAGUGACCCUACUUUGUGUGGUCCUGAGGGGAUUACCUUCUCCUUCUUUUGGAAAAACCACGAGGCAGAGUCCCGUUUUGCCGUAGCCUCUGGAGGGAAAGUAAUCUCCAAUGGCUUCUCUGUCUACACCAAUCCCUUUGGAGGAUAUGUGGAGUUUUACACUCGAGGCAACAACCACAGAUGGAAGGCCAACAUCAGAGUUCCAGGGCCUUACUGGAACCACAUUCUCUUCACAUGGACAAAAAAGGAUGGUCUGAAGGUCUACAUCAAUGGGACCUUCACAGCUGGUGACACAGCUGGCGGUCCCUCAGAGAUCUAUGGUGACCAGUACUCUGACCUUGUCAUUGGAACUGGCAACGACAGGGCAUAUGGUCACUAUGUGACAGGUGCCUUUGAUGAGUUUGUCAUCUGGGAAAGGGCCCUUUCACUUAACGAGAUCUUGCUCUACUACAGUGCAGCCAUAGGUCAGGCCAUGGUUUCUGCCACAACACCCAGAGUCUCCAAAGAAGUCACUUCAACUACACCAACAGUCAGAACCACUGAAGUGAGUCCUCCUGUCAUCAGCAGUCAGCAUGAGGAGGUCCAAAGCUCCCAGGACCCGCAGUCCAUGCCAGUAUUGGGCUUCCUUAAGGCGCUGCCAAAUAGGACCAUUCCUCACAACACUGCCAACAACCUCACUCAGGCUUUUCUCAAAAGUGUGGAAGAAGUGCUGUCCUCUCCAGGGUUGCCAGAGCAGCCCACCCCUGUGGUCAGCGGUCUGAUCGAGACGGUGGACAGAGUGAUGGAACAUAUGGUGACUAACCUGGAGCCCAGCCCAAACUCUCUCAUCUCCCUUGGUGGAACAUCUUUUGUUGCAGAUUACUCUCUGAUGAAAUUCCCACAGAACUACAACCUACCGCAUUACCGCUUCCCCACACAGGGCAAGAACUACAUCUCCGUGCCUGGAGAAGCUUUCACCAUGCAGUCUCAAACCACCAUCGUUGGCCUCUUCUACCACAAUAUGCACAACUACUACAAAGAGAUCAGCCCUGUCAAGACCAGGAUUAACAAAGCAGCUGAUUUCAAAGAUCACAAGAUCCAGAUAGCCAGCUGUCUAAUCUCUCUGAAAGUGGAGCCUUUGCCGGCCCUGUCCGUCAACCUUUCUGGAGCGCCACUCAUCAAGAUUGUCCUCACCCACGUCCUGACUAAAGAACAGCAAGAGCAAGUACUAAAUCAGAGCAAUAAAGUUUUCCUCUACUGUGCCUUCUUGGACUACAGUUCAAAUGAGGGAAUAUGGUCCAACGAAGGUUGUGUACGCUCAGAUGGAAACGUGACAUAUUCUGUGUGUUUGUGCAACCACCUUACCAACUUUGCCAUACUUAUGCAAGUGGUGCCCUUAAAGCUCACUACUGGCCACAGGGUGGCACUGUCCGCCAUUGGUUAUGUUGGCUGCUCAAUUUCCAUCUUCUGUCUUGCCAUCACUCUGGUCACUUUUGCAGUUCUGUCGUCAGUGAGUACCAUCCGUAACCAACGCUACCACAUCCACGCCAACCUGUCCUUCGCCAUCCUGGUGGCUGAGAUCUUACUGCUCAUCAGCGCUCGCUUCGACCCGGGCACGCUGCCUUGUAAGGUAAUAGCUGUCCUGCUUCACUUCUUCUUUCUGAGCGCCUUCGCCUGGAUGCUGGUGGAGGGCCUCCACCUCUACAGCAUGGUGGUCAAGGUGUUCGGCUCUGAGGACAGCAAACACUUCUACUACUAUGGCAUUGGCUGGGGUUCUCCAUUGGUAAUAUGUGUGGUGUCCAUGACAUCAGCUCUGGACAGUUAUGGCGAAGUUGACAACUGUUGGCUGUCACUGAAGAAUGGAGCCAUCUGGGCAUUUGUGGCACCAGCUCUGUUUGUCAUUGUGGUGAACAUUGGCAUUCUGAUAUCGGUGACCAGGAUCAUAUCUCGAAUCAGUGGAGAGAGUUACAAGGUUCAUGGAGAUGCCAAUGCAGUCAAGCUGACUGCAAAGGCAGUGGCUGUGCUCCUGCCUAUACUCGGCAUUUCCUGGAUCUUUGGCGUUCUUGCUGUCAACACACACUCUCUGCCAUUCCUAUAUAUAUUUGCUGUAUUCAACUCAUUACAGGGGUUCUUUGUCUUCUUGUUUCACUGUCUCCUCAACUCUGAGGUCAGAGCUGCUUUCAAACACAAAACCAAGGUGUGGUCUCUUACCAGCAGCUCCAUCCGAAACAUCAAUGUGAAGCCAUUCAACUCUGACAUUAUGAAUGGGAACAAGGAGGGCGUGACUCCCACCAAGAUGAACACAUGGGACAAAAGCACCAACUCAGCCAAUCGUAUCGACCUCUCUGCCGUGUAGAACCAUAGGUCAUCGCUUCUGUCUGCAGCAGGAGAGCAAUCUGAAGCUCACUAGUGUAGAAUGACAAACACUGGCCAGAGUAUUCUUCCACUAUGUUAUGUAAUGAAUUGGACACUCAUCCACUCAAGUGAAAGUGAUAUGAAAGGAGGUGUGGUGUAGCUGAAUAAUAGCUUCACCUUUAAAGACAAACAGACUCUAAGGACUGUGCCUUAUUAUUGUCUCAUAAAAACAUACUGUGUACCCCCCAAAAACAAGAGCAGGGAUUUCUGAGGAGGUCAGUGAAGUGACAGAGAGUCUUAAGAUCCAUGAGUGUAGUUCAGGGUCUGGCAAUGAUGCCCUGUGUAGUGGAGCAUCUCGAUUUGUCUGUUGCAUGGUCCAUCUGUAUAUUGCAGUUGAUUUACUAAUUGGCAAGAGUCUAUUUAACAGAAUAGUUCAACAUUUUGGGAAAUGUGCUUAUUUGCUUUUUUGCUGAGAGGUAGAUGAAAAGAUUGACACCACUUUCACAUACCGCUAACAGCUGGUUAGCAUAGCUUAGCACAAAAACUGCAUACAGGGGGGAAACAGACAACAUUCUGGCUCUGUCCAAAGGUGACAAAAUAUAACUACCAGCACCACUAAAGCUCAUUAAUCAACACGUUAUAUAUAAUUUAUUUAAUCUGCACAAAAACUGAAAUGUAAAGACGACACAUUGUGGUUUUAUGGUUACAUACAACUAGCUAGCCAAGCUAGCUCUUUCCAGAAUUUGUGCUAAGCUAAGCUAAACUAAUCUGCUGCUGGUAGUAGCUUUAUAUUUAGUGUACAGACAUGACAGUGAUAGCGACCUUCUCAUCUAACGUUCAGCAAGAAAGUAAAUAAGCUUAUUUCCCAAAAUGUCAAAAUAUUCCUUUAAUCAAUCACAGUGAUGUCUUUUGACAUAUAAUUUGUCUCACACUAUGAGAUAGUUCAACAACUUUAAUUUAAUGUAACAUAUUCAAAUUUGAGAUGAUAAGUAUUUUCAGGGUAUGGUUGGGUAAAAAUGCAUAAACUUGGAUAGAAAAAGACCAAGGAAAGCAGUAAAUGUUCCUUAAAUAUAGUGUUAGAUGUAUGCCUUAAAAAAAUGACAUGAUGGUUUCACCAACUGUUAACAGUAUUCAUGAUCACAAAGCACAAUUUGCUUAUUUUACCUGAAUGAACUCCAAGAUUCACCUGAUUCAUACAGCUUUAAUCCAAUUUUACGGACAGCACAACACAACAACUGUAUAAUAACAAUGAAUGAACUAGCAGUGAAUUAGACCCUAUGCAAUUCUGAUGUAAUGUAUUUAUUUAUUUUGUGAGUUCUGUAUCAUGUCUUCUGCAGAGUGUCACAGCUCAACAAUCAGUAUGGUCUCAUGUUAAAUUCUGUGUCUAUUUGUGUGUUUUCCCUCUUGAAAUGAACUGGUAUAUUUGCAGUACCUCACAUCUUAGUAAGCUGCAGUAUGUUGUGCUUUUUGAGGAAUAGUGAAUACUGGUUGUGUUUUGGACACAAUUCUGUGAAGUUUUAUGGUGUCUUUAGCUAUUUCUGUUGCUAAUUUCUUUUACAUUUUCAUAAUUUUUUGAACAGUGAAAUAUGUUCUACAGCAGAGGGACUUGAUAAGGUUGUUGCUUUUUCCCUUAACAUACUGUGAGAAUGGAGGGAGAUGACAUAUUUUUAAAUGUCAUUGAUCUUACACUGUACCAACAUUAAGUUUCCUAAAACAGGAUUUACUGUAAGUCACUCUGCGCUCACUUUUCAAGUCAGAUUUAAAGUUAAAUAUUUCAAUAUUCCUUUUCUUUUAAUGCCUUAAAUGAUUGUUGUCUUAUGGUACUAUGGUUUGUGCUUCCAAUUAUCUUCAUUAUAAAAUGUUUAUGACAA